AUGGCGACGGAUGCCGUUGAGAAGGAGGACGAGGUGAGUUGUGAGGAGAACAACGACAUCGACCCGUUUACUCUCUGCGAAGGGAUACCGCUGUACCACUUCUCUAUGAUCAAUGAUCUUCACCGUGCUAAAGCAUACCACAUUGCCAUUCAGCAGGCAGUCUCUGCCGUUCGUGAAAAGAAGGAAUCAGUUUCUGUUCUCGAUGUUGGAUGCGGCAGCGGCCUUCUUUCCAUGAUGGCAGCUCGUGCGGGAUCAAAGAGGGUUUACGGCUGUGACAAGGCGCCAGGGAUGGCGGAUUGUGCAAGGGGGGUAGUGGCUGCAAACUCACUGCAGGGCUCAGUCAAAAUUAUUCCAAAGCUCAGCACACUCAUAUCAGUGGGCGACAACGAGGCUAAUGAUAUGUUGGACAAGGCUGAUAUCUUUGUAUCAGAAACAUUUGGAGACGAUCCUUUUAGCGAAAGCUUCCUUCCUUCUUUACAGCAUGCCAGAGAACAUUUGCUCAACGACGGUGCAAUCGUUGUACCGAGGGGAAUCUGCGUUUACGCACGUGCAAUCGAAAGCGAGGAGAUUCUGAAUCUGAAUUCGCUGCCAUCUACUCAAUUUUCUGGCCUCGACAUCACAGACUGGAACAUCUUCUCUCGAGCCAGAUGGAGUUGUCGUCUUCUUGAUCAUUCCUUCGUUGCGCUGACAGAAUCGUUUCAAGCUUUCGAAAUGCAUUGGGAUGAUGAUGCGCAGCCCAUUGAGUUGAAACAAUGCGUGCACAGAGAUUUGUGUGCAAUUAACACUGGCAAGCUGCAUGCAUUUGUUGUUUGGUACACCCUUGAUAUGUUUCAAGGCUGCCCGGAGAUAAGCACUGAUUGCAAUUCCUCAGCCAUGACAGGACGGCAUUGGAGACAGGCUGUUUACUUUAUGCAUGAACCCAAACAUGUUGUAAAAGGAGAACGACUGUCUGUCUCUGUCUCGUUACAUCGUGAUAGAUUAUUUUUUAAGAGCUCAUGA